ACGAAACUUAUUCAUAAAAUAUGGCAUUUCAUAAAUAUGUUUAUAUCGUGGUUAUUCUAGAACUAUGGUUUCACGAAUGUUUGUGUGAUUAUCAAUAUCCUGAACAAUACGUAAAGGAAAUGUUGGAUAACUUUAAUGAUAGACUGACGAUGAUGCAGAAAGAAAGCACCUAUCUUAGGGAUGAGUUUGAAAACCUAAAAAGGGAGUGCUUACGACCUAAAGAUUUACAGCAGAUGACAGAUACUCGCAAACGUAUUCUCCUUGCAGGUGCAGAUUCUAAAAGAAUAGCAUUUUCUACAACAUUAACACACAACGCAGUUUUGGGGUACCAUACUCCAAUUGAAUUCGAUAGAAUAAUCACCAAUGUAGGAAAUGCAUACGAUUCAAGUGACGGCCAUUUUAUUGCUCCGAUCAAGGGAUUAUAUCUCAUAUCUGUUUCAAUAAUGAACGUUGAGGGUCACGAAGAAUACACGGAAAUAGUACGGAAUGGCGUGCAGUAUGUUGCCAUGUACUCCGAUGAUGACGACUACAGUAUGGCGAGUCAAACUAUUGUGGUUUUGCUCGAGACAGGUGACAAAGUAUGGGUAAGAAAACUUUUUGGAGGAUCUGCUACUAUUCUUGGACAUCCAAACGAACCAUAUAACACAUUUUCUGGAGUGCUUCUUUUUGAAAUGUAG